UUGAGAGGCGCACAGUAAUCCUUUGGAGUGGAAACAGAGAGAAAGAUCCCGCUACAGCCCGAGUUGGAUAUUAAAGCUUCGAUAGGUUGAGUGUUUGGAAAACUAGCUUAGAUUUACUCAGUCUGUUAAGUUUAGGGGGUUCAAUGCACUCCACAUGACGCGCACCAUGAAGGAGGAGGAGGGCAGCGGAGCGCACUCCAAGAGUUAGCUCUGUGCGGCGUUAGAGUAUGCAGAUAUGUGAGCUGAACCUGUGGUAGAAUGGCACCUUAUCUCACAUGGAUCUCUGAGGGAUGGCAACUUUUCACUACCACCAUCACCAUCACCAUUAUCCUAACUCGGACCUGCGGAGGCUCUUCCAUCGGCUCACCAUCGCGUCCUCUCUGAGCAUUCUCUGCUUCUCCCUGGUUUACCUCCUCACGGGGUGCUGCGAGUCGGAGCUGACAGAAAACACUAACAUCAAGCCACCCACACGCGAGUUCCUCGUGUCAGGAUGGCAGUACGAGAGAAACGGAACCAGCGUCGAGAAGGAGGUCACCACCGCGCUUGGCGAAGACGCGUUCAGCGGUCACCCCGGACUGGAGCCAAACCUCACGGGGAAGGAAUGGACAGCUACUCGGAGGUUACCCCAGGCUCUGAUCAUAGGGGUUAAAAAGGGGGGCACGAGGGCUCUGCUGGAGUUCCUGCGGCUCCACCCGGACAUCCGUGCCUUGGGGUCGGAGCCGCACUUUUUUGAUCGGCAUUACGCACGGGGACUGGACUGGUACAGAAGUAUGAUGCCCAAGGCCCUGGACGGUCAGAUUGUGAUGGAGAAAACGCCUCGCUACUUUGUCACCGUGGAAACGCCAGCGCGAGUCCAUGCCAUGUCGAAGGAUGUGAAGCUGAUCGUGGUUGUCCGUGACCCCGUGACCAGAGCCAUAUCUGACUACACACAGAUCAUCUCCAAGACCCCCGACAUUCCCCCCUUCGAGAGCCUGGCCUUCAAGAACCGCACUAACGGUGAGAUUGACUCUCUGUGGAGCCCGCUGUGGAUCGGCCUGUACGCCCAGCACCUGGAGCGCUGGCUGGCCUGGUUCCCCAGGACUCAGAUCCAUCUGGUCAGCGGGGAGAGGCUCAUCUCUGACCCGGCCGGAGAACUGGGAAAGGUCCAGGACUUUCUGGGUCUCCAGAGGAUUGUCACAGACAAGCACUUCUACUUUAACAAAACCAAGGGCUUCCCCUGCCUGAAGAAGCCGGAGGGCAGCAGUAAACCUCACUGUCUGGGGAAGACCAAAGGGAGGAUGCACGCCUCCAUUGACCGGGAGGUGAUGCAGAGACUUAGGGAGUUCUACAAGCCGCACAACCAGCGCUUCUAUCAGAUGGCGGGCCAGGACUUUGGAUGGCAGUGAUCCUUUGGUUUUGUUGGCUUUGGUUAGAAGCCUGAUCAAUUUAUGGAAACAGAUGGAGUGCAAAAGACUCAGAGAACUAAACCACUUCAAUGCUUCUGACCAGCUGAGAGACAUGUCAGGGAAUGUAUAAUGAAAGCCCUUUGUCAAUUUACUCACUUCUACCAAUCAGUCCAUACUCUUGUCCAAGUGUUUGAAAGACACCAGUCAUUUGUCUAUCAUAGAUGUUCAGAUGUGCUUUUGUGGAAUUAAACAAAGUUUUCCUUCCCAACUUUUUGGUUUGUGAAGCUGCAUUCACAUGAUAGGCGGUAAACCGGCUCUGUGAUAAUGUUGCAAUUGUGUUUCUAUGAAGCUAAAAGUCACUAUUAUUUCCACUUUGACCCUGUCACUGCUGACCUUUCCACGGGCCACCAAUCGGAUUAUAGCUAUAUGCAGCGACGCAUGCUAGAAGGGGUUGUAACCAUAGAAACAAAAGUUGACUAUUCGUUUUUACAGUAAGGCUCUGCACCCAACCUCGGGGUGAGCGAAAAGCAAAUUGCGUAUCAUGUCGAUGCAGCUUUAGGCUACUUAUCCCUAUCCCAGGUGGUUAAAAAGACACGUUUGUGUAAAGUUGGUCAUGAAAUAAUGUCUGCUAUAGGUUACACCUGUAGAAAGUUGAAUAGUGGAAUACGCAGUGUAGCUUUAGCGUAUCUGGUUUGCAGUUUAACCCUGCAUGAACAAGUUGGUAGUGGCACAAUGAUGUAUUUUCACAUUCCUGAACUGUCUUUUUCUCCUUUGUUUCCAGUCUCGUUGGUUAAGAAUUAAAGGGCAAUCGAUAAAUACACUUAAAGUAUAACACUCCAAGCAAUUCUCCCUAAAAUGGGGGAUGAAUCUUUAAUGUAGCGAGCAGCAGAGGGGUGAGAGAGAGUCUUCAUAUGAGCUGUGACUGAGUGGUUUUGUAUUCCUGAAUAAUGAAUGUGGAUAGAUGGAUGUAUGGGAGCGGGUGUAGAUCACUUGCUUCCUCGCCUAUUGGCACAUUUAUGUGCUAGACUUAGAGUAGCAUCCAACUGCAAAACCCCCCUACUGUACCUUGAGUGUAAUAAAGGGACCACUGGAGGACAACCAAAACAAGAGCGGGUCAAACCUUGAGAGGUGGACCUCCUGUAUCAACAGCUGCUCUCUGCAGCCUCACUGUGUUACUGGGAGAAGGCCUGCCUGCAGGGUUGUCUGUUUUCAGUUUGCAUGUAUUUGCACUAGUUUG